UUGUGUGUAAAUGCUGGGUGGGGUUUGGACCUCCCUCUGGGGUCUCACAAGCUAUAAAAGCAUCCUGGUCUGGUGAGAGAGGAGCAGAUCAACGCCAACAGCCAACAUCAGCUCUAUACAAUCCUUCUGGGCCUGAACGUCUACUGCAGAAUGGCGAGUGCACUGAGAUCUUGGACUGUGCCGCUGGCUCUUGUGCUGUGUGUCAUCGUGUGUCUCAGCAGCCUGGCUGAAGCUUACCCGCCCAAACCAGAACCUCCAGCGGGAGAUGUGGGUCCAGAGGAGAUGGCCAACUACCACACGGCUCUAAGACACUACAUCAACCUCAUCACACGACAGAGAUAUGGGAAGCGAUCCACCGCUGAGGAAGCCGUGGCUGAACUGUUGUUCGGUGAAAAUGAACAGGACGUCAGGCCCCGUGUAAAAGACUUGUUAUGGUGACGUGACUCCUCUCUGUGGCUGGUGCAGUGGCUUUCUUCAUUCAUUAAUCUCUAUGAUAAUAAAUGAGUUUACCGAACAGCAGAAACCAGCAUAAGCCAAACCCUCAUCAAAAUGAGGCUCCAAAAACACCUCAUGAUCUAUACAUCUCUAUCAGCCUCUUUCUUUUCUUCCUUCUCUCUCUUUCUCUUAUGAGUUGAUUUAUGCUUUGUGAAAGACAAUUGUAAAUAAUUUAAUAUUCAAUGACAAAAUUGACAAUAAUAAAAAAUUACUGGAUGUUGAA